AUGCCCACGCUGACUCCGUGUGCCCUUGUAUAUCGCCAUGCAGCACCCUCCGGGCCAUGGCCUUGGGUAGAUUUUGAUAUCGACUUCUCAUCCCAUGAGUCAAAUGCCUUGUUAUCCCAUAACGGCGCAAGUCGCGAUAGUGACUGGAGCGGUUAUCCACAAACACUUUUCGGCAACUGGACUCCAACUCCAGUGGAACGAAGCAAGAUGUUGACAAAGUGUGCGCGUAAGGGACCUUGUCUCGUAUAUGGCAUUGACGUAAUGGACGACGUGAAAUUCAACAUACUGCCCAAGCAACAGCUGGAUUGUGAAGGGGUUCAACAUGGACGGGGAGAUCAUAUUACAGUCACUCUUCCUUUCGUUUGGACCACGAAGAAGACAGGUCAGAUGAAUUUGCUAUCUUCCAGCUCAUUAGGUACAAUUUCGUCUUUUUUCGAUGAUAGAUCGCUUCUCAUCACAGCGCAUACAGAAAGAAAGAGCACUAUAGAUGUUCUGGCACCACUUCAUUUACAUGAUAAAAAUGUUCUUCUCAUUGACCUCCUGGCCGUUCAUAUGAUCCGCGAGACGGAUUCAUCCACGAUCAUCACUUAUCAUCCCUUACUACCUGGUCGCACUACCGCCAAGCAUUUACAUCGUGUUAUGCACCGCACGGGCGACAGUGUGUACUGGAAAAAAAUAUUCGACACAUCGAGAGAUCCGACUUUUUUCUUUCUGGCAAUCUUGUGGUACACGCUGUACGCGUGGGAUGAAGCAUUCGAAGUGCUGCAUGGAGACAUCGGGGAUUUGGAGGCAACCUUGAACGGCAUGGACUUUACAUAUACGGACGACUUCAACCAUAAGCUACACAGCCUUCAGGUGCACCUGCUCCACUAUGAAAGCCUCCUCUAUGAUUUCGAGAAAUCGGUCGCAUUUGUCAAUGACACUCCUAACCCUGCAAUGAAAUACAGGUAUGAGGAAGAUAGAAAGACUACAGAGGCGUUAAUGGAUCGAGAAUGCAAGAACCUUCUUUCCGAGAUUGGGAAGCUGCAAAAGAAAUGUCCAAUAUUUCUCAACCUGUUAUUCGCGACUGUCAAUAUCCAUGACAGUCGUCAAACACAGAAGAUAUCAUACCUUACCAUGGUCUUCUUGCCUGCCAGUUUUACCGCUUCGGUCUUUGGAAUGAACAUGGCCGAAAUCAACCCUGGCUCCCUAGAAACGAUCGCGGCCUAUGUCAAGACUACUUUGUUGCUGACUUUUGCCACGAUGUGGGUCAUUAUUGCUUUGCAACCAUACAGUUCGAUCCACAAGUCUGGAGGCGAACUCGACCUUGGGUUGGAGAGGAGGCAAGACACAGCAUGA